UUGAGUAAAAGCUAUCUCAUAAACAAGAAUAGAUUUAUUUGCUUGAUUAACCGAGCUCGACAUUCUUCAUAAAACUGUUAAAAACCAUAUUUAAAACAAAACAAUCGAGCAUAACUAAAUGUCAUUGGUUUGAGCAGAAAACGGUUUGAAAUACUAGGUUAGACAAUUUUUCAAAAUCAUUGAGCAAGAUAAUUUGACCGAUUGUCAAUGUGGGUUUAAAAAAGUUAAUAAAAAAGUCUUAAACUAUCAAUUAAUCGCGGAUUGAUAAAUAUAAAUUUAAAGUAAAGAGAGCAAAAUGAGCGGAAGAGGAAAAGAAAUAAGAAACGAAGUCAGGUCGAAGGGCGGCAGAUCGUCGACGUCGUCGCGGGUCGACCUGAACUUUCCCGUUGGCCGUAUACAUCGGCUGCUGCGCAAGGGCCGCUACUGCAAGAACAUAGGCAAGGGCGGCGCCGUCUACAUGGCCGCGGUCCUCGAGUACCUGUCGGCGGAGCUGCUCGAACUGGCCGGCAACGCGGCGCGCGACAACAAAAAGUCCAGGAUCGUCCCGAGGCACUUGGCCCUGGCCAUACAGAACGACGAGGAGCUAAGCAAGCUGCUGUCGAGCGUCACCCUGACUGAGGGCGGAGUCCUGCCCAAAAUUCAAGUCGUGCUGCUGCCCAAGUCACAUAGCAAACGAACGCCAAAGCCGGAUCAAAGCAAAAAUUGAUCGCCGAUGCGCUAACAAAAUUUUCCACAUUUACUUUGUAACGUCAAAAAACGCGAUAGUCAUCGUGUCUGUGCCUUGUCUUGUCCUCGG